GAAUAACAUUUGUGUGUGGGAUACAUGAAACCGAAAUGUCACUUGAUUUAAAUGCAGCCUGCAGGAAACCAUGCAACGCAGAUACGCACGCAGGGAAGAAACGAGCCUCGUGUCCUUCUCAUUUCUGGACGUUUGGUGGUUUCCACAUUUUCGUGGUGAAUUGUAAAUGUGCAUUCAUUUAGCAAUAUCAAAAUUUGUGGUGUAUUACAUUUAAACCUUUUUCGCGUCUCAUUCAUUCAUUUCAGCUUGUAGUUGCUGCUGAUGAAAGCGUCGCGCGUGGCGUGCAAUGGGAUUUUCCGUGUGGUUGUGUUGUGGGGGCCAAGAUGGCGGUGUGACAGGUGGACGCGUUUCGGUGGUGUCAUCAGGAAACUUUGAAAUAGGACAAUUAUAUAACUGUAAUAACAGGCUUUUUUUGUACAUAAAUGUAUAAGUGAUUCUUCUACUCGUAUUACCCGCCUUGCGCUAAUUUAUCUAUGGGCAGAAAGAAAAAUAGACAGACUUCCAACGAGACAACACGUGCGUCAACUAUGGAGCCUGUUGAAAACGCUGACGUGAAUGUUAACAUCGUCUCCUCAGUGGAUUUGGGUUCUUCAAAAAACACCGAGGACCAUAACAACUGGUUUGAUUCACAUCCAAAUAUGAAUGAUCUCCUUGCGAUUCCCCUACCUGAUACUCCCUUAAAACCUGUGCCAAAGAAAACGAAAAGAGAUCAUAUGGAUGGAAACGACACUUCGAUGGAAAUUCUGACGGCCAUUCGUGAGCUCUCUGGGAAAUACGAUCAGAUGUUCCAGAAAAUUUCAGCAAUUGAAACAACAACUGGGUCAACGGCUAAGCAGAUUGAAACUCUGUCCUCCACUGUUACUCAGCUUGUUUCUGAGGUAGCAACGCAUAAAGAAUCCCUUAAAGUUAUGGCUACGGAGAUUCAAGAGCUAAAAAGUGCGAAUAAAACCAUGAAGGCCGAAAUUGGAGAAUGCAAGCGCUAUACCUGGAAAUGGACGUUAAAAUUACAUGGCGUGAGAGAGAAGGACGGUGAGGAUGCUCGGAGGGUUGUUAUUGAGAUCCUUAGCAACGUAGUGCCUGGCAUUAGCGAUGAUCUUGAGGGUGCCGUUGACGUUGCGCAUCGUCUUGGCCCGAAGAGAGGGGAUGGUUCCAACAGAUCCAUCAUAAUUUUGUUUGCACUUCGUCGUUUUCGCGACACCGUUUGGCAAGCUGCCAGAGGCUGUAAAUUCCUUCUCGACAAGAAGUUGCGACUCACCGAAGCCCUUUCACCAGAAGAUAGGAUCGCCAGAGAGAAACUUUGGCCUCUUGUUAAAAAAGCCAGAGAUGAGGGCAAAAAAGCCUCCUUUCGCGGCUCCUUUGCAUUAAUUGACGGAAAGAGAUUCAAUUACGUUGAUGUGUGAAAGAGUCUUGUCUCGUGGUCAGUGUUAAUGGCUCUUAAUAACACUAUAUCUGGUACACAGCAAAAUCACCAGUGUUAAAUUUUCAGGGAUGGUGUUAAAUACACAGUGUUGGUGCUGUUUUAACACUAUCUGGUAAUAAAAUAACACUCCCAUUGCUAGGCCAGUGUUAUAUCCACGACAGUGUCAGUGUAAAACAAGGGUGUUAUGAGAUUUCACUCUGAGUGGUGUAAAUCAAGCCACGCCUCCACAUAUCCUGUCAGGGAUUUUACCGCCAUUUUCUUUCACAGGAGGACGGAAGAGAGCAGGUAAAUCAGUCUCAAAAUAUUCACUUGGUUUGGCUAAAUUAAACUGUUAUUUCUCUGUCUGACUCUACGCAGCCGUAUGCCAAAAAAAAACUAAAUAAGGUAUUUUUCCCAUUUUAUUUCCCCUUUAUUCGUUAUUUGGUUCAGUUUAAUCAGAGCUACCUUGCGUUACGUUGUUCCCUUGUUAGUUUACAAUAAAGUUAAACUGCUAGCUAAACGUUUUAACCAAGAAGGAUAAUAUUAACAGGAGAUAGAAUUGAACCCUGAUAAAACGCGACGUGCACUACAAAUUGGAGGUAUGAAAUUUGUGUUUGUAAACCGCCAUUAAAUGAAAGCUCGUUUAUUCACCAUAUGAUGCUCGUUGUGAGGUAAUCAUAUAGAUACCGUGAGUUAACGAGGUCGUUUACAUGCACGUGAGUGCACGGAUAUCGGUUAAUUAUUCUAAUUACUGAAAAACACGGAGAAAACCACAACCGUGUCGUCAUGUGUGGUUUUUCUAAGAUGUAUGCAAACAGGGGAAAUAUCGCCAAACCAACAAUUAAUUUUACCAAAACCUCACUAUAUAUCAUCAUUUGUAUGCAUAUAUUGCUGGAUUUGAUUUACUUGUGUUGUAAGCUUUUCGUGGCGCUAGAUGUCAGACAGAUGCAAAUGGCAAAUACAUACGAAAGUGUAAAACGUGUAUGCCAAACGUUUUUUUUUUCUGUCAUUAUAGAUGCUAGUUUGGUGAAAGUACACACUGAGUGCUUCACAUCAUUUAAAAGAGAUGCUGUUUUUAUGUCAGUUUAUUAAAGAAGACCUGACUAUGACUCCCAAUGAGAAACGACUGCUAAUACUUAUAUAAAUUCAUUACAGAAGGACCCUACCAGACUAUAUUUGAAUACGGCAUACCCGUGAAUUCUGGAACUGUUAUUCCUUAACCCAGUUUGGAGGAUAAGAGCUUACCAACUAGUUAUAAAUAUGCUGAGGUGAUGUAUUGCAAUACAACAAUUAAAGGAUAAUUGCAGACUACAUCCUGAUGAAGAUAUGGACGACCCUCUGUCUGGUCAACAAAAGUUAAAAUAUGGACGGGACAGUUAUGUGGCAGCUCUUCCCUGGCUCAUUCACUUCUUGCCUUCAUUUGUGAAAGGAAGAAAGACUGGAGAGGGUCAAUGUGCAACUGAAGCUACUGAUUGUGCUGUGUGAUGAGCAUCAAUCCAUGCUUUGAGGUGGAUGGAUCAGCACAGCCCUGCCUGCUCUGCGUUGGGAACAGAAGUUGCAUCCAGAGUUUUUGCAUCAUUCUGGACCAAAAAGCCAUUCCCUGCAUGAUGAAGACCACUGAUGCAGCCUUCCACUACAUCAUGAGUAAAACAACUACAGAACUAAAUACCCGGUUGGAACGUAUUUAAGAAAAAUGAAACGUCUUUUGAAUUGAAAUGUCUGUUUUGUUAUGGAAAAAUCUUUAGUAUUGUGAAGGAUAACAGUUCUGCCUGCCAGUAAGGUAAUUGCAGUGUAUUUUAAUGUUCAAGUUUUGAGUAGGGUGGCUAAUUUUUUUUAACUCUCAUUUGAUAUAUUAAAGACCUUAUGGUUUUCAUGUCACUGCGCUGUGGUGUAAGAUAACUUUCAUUAUUCCAUACUGUAUUCUGUUUCUAAUUGUAGCUGAGGUAUUUAAAUAUGCAGUGUUAAAUGCAAAGUGUUGUGUGUAUCAAUGUAAAUAUUAAAUGUGAUGUACUUUAAUAAAAAGAGGUUUUGCAAUAUUUCUUGUCAUUUGUCUUUUAUAGAAACAACCCAUUAGCAACAAAAGUGGCUAUUAAUCAGUAUUUUAACACUUAACAUUGUUGAAUUCACAUUACACUGGUGUUGACCUUAAAUUAGGAGUGUUAAUUUUUAACACUGUGUUUCUGUGCCAACACCAGUGUAGUGUGUAAACAACAAUGAAUAGUGUUGAACAAAGUGUAAAAUUUAACAAUAUUGAGUGUUGAAUUAACAUAUAAUGGGUGUUGUUAAAUUAACACUACACUUUUGACUAAAUUAACACAGUGUAGUGUGGACACAUAUACACACUUUGCCGGUGUUAAAUUUGACACUGUGGGUGUUAUUUUAACACCAGUGAUUUUGCUGUGUAGG